GGGUUUUUGCGCUUUCCUUUUUCUCGGAAGAAAUCGACAUCAUUCGGGAAAUCUUCGCAAAAUUCCGGAUAUCUUCAGAGAACGAGCGGCUACCUUGCGUGUUUAAAAAGUUCGCGGGACGAUGGCGGAUGUGGAAGAACUUAUCCAUUUCAGCAAAAAUUUCAGGCUUGCAAAUGAUGGUGAAAGUAAAGGAAAAGAAAAUACAGUUCAAGAGUUAAGACUGUUUCAUGAUUCAUUUAACAUGCACAUUCCUACGAUGAACAAGAAAGCAAGUAAUUCUGAAAAUGCUCCCAGAGAGAAGCCACAUCCAGGGAAAUCAGGCAGUGAGAGUGACAAUGCAAGGACGGAAAACCUUCUUGAACAUGGUGAAGACAUGGAACCUCCUACUGAGGACAUUUUCCAGCCUCAAGCUCAAGCAAAGAAAAAGAAACGAAAAAAGAAAAGGGCUAGUGAUAGUGUUUGCGAAAGUUUUUAUGAUAUAUACAAGGUACUGGAUGAUGUUCUAGGGCAAGGAGCUCAUACAACAGUGAAAACUUGUGUCAAGCUUGCUACAAACCAGGAGUAUGCUGUCAAGAUUAUUGACAAGUCUGCAAAUGUUGACAGAAGACGUGUACUCAAUGAAAUAGAGUUACUCUACCAAUGCCGCGGACACAAAAAUAUUAUUGACUGUAUUGAAUAUUUUGAAGACAGCCACAAGUUUUAUCUGAUAUUUGAAAAGAUGAGAGGAGGGCCACUUCUAAAAUAUAUUGAAAAGAAAAAAGCUUUUACAGAGAAAGAAGCAAGCCUGGUUGUGAAGGAUAUAGUAUCCGCAUUGGAUUUUCUCCAUAAAAAAGGUAUAGCUCACCGAGAUCUGAAGCCAGAGAAUAUACUUUGUGCUUGUGAAAAUCAGAUAUCUCCAGUCAAGAUUUGUGAUUUUGACCUGGCUAGUGGGCUUGAUGGUCUCAGUGCAGCAGUAACAACACCAGAGCUUCAAACACCAGUUGGCUCAGCUGAGUACAUGGCUCCUGAGGUAGUGGAUGCCUUCAAGACCCAGGCUACAACAUAUGACAAAAGAUGUGAUUUGUGGAGUCUUGGAGUGAUUCUUUACAUCAUGUUAUCUGGGCAUCCACCCUUUUAUGGCAAAUGUGGCACAGACUGUGGCUGGGAAAGAGGAGAAAACUGCAAAUCGUGUCAGGACAUGCUGAUGAAGAGGAUACAGGAAGGGGAAUAUGAUUUUCCGGCAAAGGAAUGGGAUGGCAUUUCGUUAGAAGCCAAGAAUCUUAUAUCGCACCUGUUGGUGCGGGAUGCAACGAAAAGAUACACCACUGAUAUGAUAAUACAACAUCGUUGGAUCGAGGAGGCAAGCAACACCCCACUCCCUACCCCCACCCUGUUAACCAGGAAUAUGAACACGCACAAUCUACAAGAGUUUGCUGCUGAGGCAGUAGCCAUGAACCGAAUGUUCUCUGAAGCGUCAGCAAUUUAUCGUCCUGAAGAUCAUGAAGAAUUUCAGAGAAAUAUCAAACCACGAGUGCUGGGACUUUCGCCUCCUUCAAACUCUGUCUUAGCGAAGCGGCGAGCUGCCUCCUCAAAAUCCCAUUCGGCAAAUCCACAAAGCAAAGAUGUUGACAAAAAUGAACUUUAGCGUGCGAAGGCCACCGUGUUCCUCCCGUGUUCCAAACUUGCCUGAGCGGACCAGUUGUGCAGGGGGGUGGGGUUGGGAGAGAGAAUAGAAUAUCACCGUUAGAGCGGUUUUCACUUGAGUGUCGAAAGUCAUUUGCAUUUGCUUUGGUUUUACGUUACUACGCUAAGUGAUU